ACUGGGAGCUGCUGGGCAUCAAACGGUGGAAGAGCUGCACUUCACCUACCUCUCUCCAGCUGUCACCUGCCACCAUGCUGCUGUCAGCCUGCCGGGGGGUGCUGCCCCUGGCUGCCCUAACACUGCUUCUGCUCGUCUGCCUGGCUCCCGAUGGCUCAAGAGGGAAUAAGCUGAAGCUGAUGCUUCAAAAACAUGAAGCUCUUGCACCAGUUAAAACAGAGGUGUCAGUAAAGGAAAACACGGCCAAGGAGUUUUUAAGCAGCCUGAAACGCCAGAAGCGCCAACUGUGGGACAGGACUCAACCUGAUGUGCAGCAGUGGUAUCAGCAGUUCCUCUACUUGGGAUUUGAUGAAGCUAAAUUUGAGGACGAUAUCUCGUACUGGACAAACCUGGGACGUGGUGGCAAUGAAUAUUACGGAGGCUAUUAUCAGCACCAUUAUGAUGAAGAUGCAGCCAUUGGGCCCCGAAACCCACACACCUUCAGGCAUGGAGCAAGUGUAAACUACGAUGAUUAUUAACAUCCUUUAUGCUUCUGUAACUCAGAUUUGUACGUCUAUAUCGAAUUGAACUGAGUCCUAGCCUCACUUGCUCACAUCCUCUGUCUUUCCACCCCCCUCCUCUUUUUUUAUAGUAGUCUUUUGUUAUAUACACCAAGAGAAGAAAUGAACUGUUUAGCACAGAAAUGUAUUUGGAAUGGGGUUUCUAUAAUUGCUUAAUUGUGCAUUAUGUAGAAGUGUUAGAAUUAAAGUCUUUUGGUAAAAUAA